AUGCGCUCGGCGCUGCGCUGCCGCUGCCUGCCCGCCGCCCAGGAAGGCGCUGCGCUCAAACCGCCGCCCGCUGCCGUCGCUCCGAAUUCUUGUUUUUUACUUAGUUUAAAAAUGGGACGUCGCUCCUCGGACACAGAAGAAGAGAACAGAAGCAGAAGGAAAAAGAAACACCGCAGGCGUUCAUCCUCGAGUAGCUCCUCAGACAGCAGAACGUACAGCCAAAAAUCUGGAAGGAAAUCGAGGUCAAGGUCGCGGUCUCGAGAUCUCCAGUCUCGCUCACAUUCUUAUGACAAAAGACGCAGACACAGAUCAAGCAGUAGUUCUUCAUAUGGUUCUAGAAGAAAACGCAGUCGUAGCCGAUCCAGAGGCAGAGGCAAAUCCUACAGGUCUCAAAGAUCGAGAUCAAAAAGUAGAACAAGAAGAUCACGAUCAAGACCUCGUCAACGUUCUUAUAGUCGAAGUAGUGAAAGAUCCAGUCAUAGGAGAACUCAUAGUGGGUCUCGUGAAAGAGAGCGGCGUAAAGGCAGAGAGAAAGAAAAAGUAAAAGAGAAAGGCAAAGGAAAAGAAAAGGAGAUAUAUGGCGCAAAGCAUGGGGACCCUGGAAACAUCAAAGCUGGAUUAGAACAUCUGACUCCUGCUGAACAGGCCAAAGCUAGAUUACAGUUGGUUCUUGAGGCAGCUGCUAAAGCAGAUGAAGCAUUAAAGGCUAAAGAGAGAAGUGAAGAAGAAGCAAAGAAAAGAAAGGAAGAAGACCAAGCCACCCUAGUAGAGCAAGUGAAACGAGUGAAAGAAAUUGAAGCUAUUGAAAGUGACUCCUUUGUUCCACAGACAUUCAGAUCAAGUAAAGAAGUCAAAAAGUCAAUAGAGCCUACUGAACUAAAACACGAACCUGUAACAAUAGGAGCGGGAACUGUUGAAGCAUCUGCUCCCGAAAAAGAAACAGCACCUGCCAAUAUUCCUACUGCCAUCAAAUACCAGGACGAUAAUUCCUUAGCACAUCCAAAUCUGUUUAUCGAGAAGGCAGAAGCAGAAGAGAAGUGGUUUCAGAGGCUGAUGGCACUUCGGCAGGAAAGGCUGAUGGGCAGUCCGGUGGCCUGAGCAAACUCCUGUGACCAUCGUAUACAAGUUCUCGAUGAAUGCUAAGAAAUUCUACCAUUAAAUGUUUUAUUUUUUGUCUUUUGAGGGGAUUUUAAUACUCAGUAUGAGAUGUACAGAGAAUAAAUAUUUCAUCUGAAUA